CAGGGGCGUCAAGGCCUAGGAGUGGAGAAUGGGCGCCGGCCCCCCUUCCCCCUGGGUGUCUCACAGACGCCCCCCGGAUUCCGAUGAGAGAAUUUACCAGAUUUGAGCCCCAUCACUGAUUCCUACCAGAGCCAAUGAGUGAUCUCUACUGCUGCAUAAACUAUCCUUACCUUUCUAAUAAAUCAGAUGAGAAAACUGAGAUUCAGAGAGGUUAAAUGAUUUGUUCAAGAUAACACAACAGUUUGCUUCAUCUCGAUUCAGCAGCGUUCCAAACUGUGGUAUCCUUGGGGUUUUCUUAACAUUGCUAUGGUGCAGAAGAUUUAAAAUCAGCUGAUGUUCACAAGGAAUAGAGUCACGUGAUGUAUGAAGGGAAACAUAUACACUUCUCUGAGGUUGACAAUAAGCCCUUGUGCUCGUAUAGCCCCAAACUGUGCAAGCAGCGGCGUCUCAACGGCUACGCUUUCUGUAUCAGACACGUUCUGGAGGACAAGACUGCCCCCUUCAAGCAAUGUGAAUAUGUGGCCAAGUACAACAGCCAGCGCUGCACCAACCCCAUCCCCAAAUCAGAGGAUCGUAGGUACUGCAACAGCCACUUGCAGGUACUUGGCUUUAUCCCGAAAAAAGAGAGGAAGAAAAAGAAUGAUCCUAUAGAUGAGGUGAAAGUCAGGCACCAGAUGGAUACCAUGGCCUUUAGCUUGACAGUGCCCACGCUGGCCUUGAAGAUGCCCAAUGGACUGGAUGGAAUGUCCCUCUCUCCACCUGGGGCAAGGGUCCCUCUCCACUACCUGGAAACUGAGUUGGAAGACCCAUUUGCUUUCAACGAGGAAGAUGAUGAUCUGAAGAAAGGGGCAACUGUGAGAAAGAAGUUGCAGAGCAAAUUGGCCCAGAAUCGGCAGCGCCAGAGAGAGACAGAGAUUUUAAAAGUUCGACAAGAGCACUUUAGUCCCCCUCCUGCACCUUCCCAGCAGCAGCCUCCGCAGCAGCACUCCCAACUGUCACCUUUAUCCACUUUAAAACCUCCAGCGCCGCCGCAGGGUUCUGUCUGCAAGUCACCUCAACCUCAGAACACCAGCCUACCAAUGCAGGGAGUGGCCCCCACCACACACACUAUAGCACAAGCAAGGCAGUUGUCUCACAAGAGGCCUCUGCCCUUCCUGCCAUCCAGUAGGGCUCCCGUCGUGGACCCCCCCAGGACUGACCGGGUCCUUAUGAAAGCCACAGCCUUCUCUCCACACUUCUCUUGUAUAAGUCAGCUGCAGAGACUGGUGAAACUGUGCACACAAAAACAUCAGUUGGAUACUGAUCUGUUUCCCCACUUAGGGUUGGACUGGUCUGAAGAAAGCGGAGAGGAACUGGAGGACUCAGAACAGGCUUCACCAUACCAGGUUGCAUGGUCUAUCCGAGAAACCCUCAGAUACGAAAGACACACGCCAGAUGACGAUGAUGCGGAGAGUAGGAGCUCCAGGGUGACCCAACUUUGCACUUACUUUCAGCAGAAAUAUAAGCACCUCUGCCGCCUGGAAAGGGCAGAAUCUCGUCAAAAGAAAUGCCGUCAUACAUUUAGGAAAGCAUUGCUGCAGGCAGCCAGUAAAGAACCGGAAUGUACUGGUCAGUUAAUACAAGAACUUCGGAGAGCAGCAUGCACUAGAACCAGUAUAAGCCGGACCAAGUUGAGGGAGGUGGAACCAGCAGCAUGCAGUGGAACCAUGAAGGGGGAGCAGUGCACUAACAAAGCCCUUCCAUUCACCAGACAUUGUUUCCAACAUAUCCUCUUGAACCGCUCUCAGCAGCUCUUCUCCAGUUGUACCGCCAAGUUUGCAGAUGGACAGCAAUGCUCUGUGCCAGUUUUUGACAUUACACACCAGACACCUCUGUGUGAAGAACAUGCCAAAAAAAUGGAUAAUUUCUUGAGAGGAGAUAACUCCCGUAAAGUUCAGCACCAGCAGCAGAGGAAACCCAGGAAAAAAACCAAGCCUCCUGCACUUACCAAAAAACAUAAGAAGAAGAGAAGGCGUGGACCUCGUCGACCCCAAAAGCCCAUCCCCCCAGCAGUCCCCCAAGGGAACCUCAGCAUGCCCACCAGCGUCUCACUGCCAGUGGAGGCCUCUCAGAUCCGGAGCCCAUCCACGCCCGAGCUGAGUGCUGAUGAGUUGCCGGAUGACAUUGCCAACGAGAUCACCGACAUUCCACAUGAUUUGGAAUUGAACCAGGAGGACUUUUCAGACGUCCUGCCACGGUUACCUGAUGACUUACAAGAUUUUGAUUUUUUUGAAGGAAAGAACGGAGACCUCCUCCCGACGACCGAAGAGGCUGAGGAGCUUGAACGGGCCCUGCAGGCCGUAACUUCUCUCGAGUGCCUGAGUACCAUUGGGGUACUUACCCAGUCAGACGGUGUACCAGUCCAGGAGUUGUCAGAUAGAGGAAUAGGGGUGUUCUCCACAGGUACUGGAGCUUCAGGAAUCCAGUCCUUGAGCCGAGAAGUAAACACGGAUCUAGGGGAGCUAUUGAAUGGGCGAAUAGUACAUGAUAAUUUUUCUAGUCUAGAGCUGGACGAGAACCUACUCCGUUCUGCUACCUUGUCUAACCCACCUACACCCCUGGCAGGGCAGAUCCAGGGGCAGUUCUCUGCCCCAGCCAACGUUGGCCUUACUUCUGCCACUCUGAUCAGCCAGAGUGCACUUGGGGAGAGAGCCUUCCCAGGACAGUUUCAUGGACUUCAUGAUGGCAGCCAUGCCUCCCAGAGGCCACAUCCUGCCCAGCUGCUGAGCAAGGCAGACGACCUAAUCACCUCACGACAGCAAUACAGCAGUGAUCAUUCACACUCCUCGCCCCAUGGAAGCCAUUAUGAUAGUGAGCACGUGCCGUCUCCCUACAGUGACCAUAUCACCUCUCCCCACACGACAUCUUACUCUGGUGAUAAUAUGGCAGCUACCUUUUCAGCAGAGAUGCCCAUCAUGGCGCAGCACUUGCUCCCAACCCAACUUGAGGUGCCACUUGGAGGAGUGGUAAACCCUAGAACUCACUGGGGUAAUCUCCCUGUCAACCUUGGAGAUCCCUCUCCAUUUAGCAACCUUCUCGGCGCAGAUGGACAUCUUCUUUCCACUUCCCUAUCCACGCCACCCACCACUUCGAACUCAGAGACCACACAGCCUGCCUUCGCCACCGUGACCCCCAGCAGCUCCAGUGUGCUUCCGGGGUUACCGCAGACCAGCUUCAGUGGCAUGGGGCCUUCUGCUGAACUAAUGGCCUCCACCUCUCCCAAGCAGCAACUCCCUCAGUUCAGCGCAGCCUUCGGCCACCAGCUGAGUUCUCACAGUGGCAUUCCUAAGGACCUGCAGCCCAGCCACAGCUCUAUAGCCCCUCCUACAGGCUUCACAGUAACAGGUGCCACAGCUACAAGUACCAAUAAUGCAUCUUCUCCCUUUCCCUCCCCUAACUGAGCGUGUCUGUGUGUUUGCAGGCAGGUGGGGAACCCGGUGUUUUCUAUCUUUGUUUCCUCUUUAGCACCCCUUCCCCCUUUUCCAAAAGAAGACUUAAAAAUAGCAGAUGGGAAUUAGAGGGGCACCCCCUUCCCAGCUCAACAGGUGGCCAGGCAGUGGACCUUGCUGCAGUGUUCACAUGUGCUCCUUAGCACUGGUGCUCAUUCCCUCCUGGCAGGUCCACUCGGCCCCUGUGAUUUCCUUGGUGGUUCAGCACAUUGACUGGAUAGGAUUGGUUUUUAGCAGCAAGUCCUAGAAGUGGAAGAUACCUCAGAUUACCAGUGCCCUUUACUAUUUCCUAGUAUUCAGAUCAGUGCUUUCCAUUCUAUAGCCAGGUUUUUACAUAGGUGGUUCUAGAUAGAAUGAUCCUAUUAAGUGAGUUCCUGUGUAGGAGAUAACUGGUGGUGUAUAGAGGCAGGUUAAGGCUCUGACUCAGCAACAGCUGCCAGACACCACCCAGAGGCCAGGAUGCCAUUCCUAAUUGUGAUCAUGGUUAACUAAAAAGAAAAAAAAAAUGUUUUUUGACCACCUGUGAGUGUGUGUGCACCCAUGUGUGUGUUUUGUGCAGUGCAGGAAGUAGCUGUCCCAUUGGGUUGUUAAUUUUUUUUUUUUAACCCCCGUAAUGAGUAUAAGGCUUUUUUCUCCUUUGUACAUCUCACAUCCUAGUAAGGUUGGUCAUUCUGUCCCACUGAGUUAACUGAAGUUUCUUGAAUAGGGAGGGGGGUGAUCUGCCCAUGUGAAUAGCACAACCCUUUUCUGCUAAAUGUUAGCCCAUAAAGAAGUGAGACACCAAAAGCUGAAUUCACAUUAGUGAUGGGGGCAGGGCGGGGGCGGGUGUCAAACAAGACUUGCCUGGAGUGACUGUGGGGUUGCUGAGGCCAUUUUGCCUUUUCAGACCUGCACUUGUUUUUAACCCCUCACUCAUGGGACACUUUUGCAAGAUGUCAUUGAAGAAAAUAUCUUGAUGUGAAAAAGCAGGAUAGGUCAGAUAGAUUUGAAAGAUGAAAUCUGUGAACUUCUUGAUCCAUCUUUUGCUUUUGACUUUUUCAUGUUUACAGUAGUGAUUCUUUGGUAAGAUUUGUAAAAUGUUGAAGACACUUGUAGAAUCAGUGUACCAGUUGUGAAGUGAUGUGUAAUAACUGAAGGAUACACAUUUUAAAAUUUCUUUCAAAGCAGAACAUGGAGAUCAGACAUACAUUUUACCUGCAUUUGGUACUUUUAAAAUAAUUUUAAGAAUCUAGGUUUAAGUAAAUUUGGUAAAAGUUUUGGGAAAUUCUUUUUAAGUAUCAGGAUUUUAGGGUAAAAAAAUCAUGUUGGAUAGUUUAGUACGUUGGUGACUAUGAAAUAAAUAUGUGAGAUUUCUUCUUGCCUGCCUUCCCUGCCCUCUGCCCCAGAGAAGGGUGGAGCUAGAUUUUAAAGCAUCUCUACUCCAAUUUUGCUGAGAAGUUUCACUGUUCCUUAAGAUACAUUGGCUAUUUAUACCUGAGUCCAGCCUAAUUUACAUAUAUAUUUUUUAAAAGAUGAGCAGAGAGAACAUAUCUAUUAGUGAAGUGGUACAAUAAUUCAUUUAUCAGGGAAUAUUUGAUCUUAAUUCCUUUCUAAUAGGUAAAAGUUUGGACAUAUUUUCCUAUUUCCUAUAUGUAUUCUCUUUAUGCCAUGCUAGUUCUAACCAGGCCCUUCUUUUGGAAGCUUUUCUUUCUCUGCUUUUUAAAGGAAUGAUGAUGAUCAGCAAGCAUUAUGCAGAUACCACGUGCCUGGGAUUAUGGAGGGGAAAUGUCACGUGACUGUAUGGAAUCAUGAUAUGCCCUAUUUUGUAUUUAUUGAAGUUUCUUUGGGGGCCAAAAAUAUGUAUGUAAUAUAUUCACUUUUUUUUUAAAUCAUGUUAAUUGAUUGGAAGAUUUAUUUUUAAUAGCUUUGCCUUUUUUGAAGAUUGAAAAAUUUCUAAAUUAUAAGUUAUGUUUCAAAGCAAAAUUAUAUUUGGUAUCACCAUAAAUUUCUAUUCUGAGUGGUGAGAACACAUAAUUUGCAUAUUUCUCGCCUGUGAACCUGUGUCAGUAAGCUUUUUUACUUUAGUGCACUGUAAUGAAAUAUUAGUAGUUACCUCUGCUCAAGUCUCAUUUAAUUUGCUGUGCUAUUUUCACAUCCCAUUGUCAUCAUCAUUAGGUAACACUGAAUUCCCAUCAAUUUCAUUUUGUCUCUAUUGUGUACUAUCUAAAGGUUGUAGCGCAGUAGCAUAUGGACUUUUUAUUAGCCCUUCUUGACAGCAAAGGGCAGGUCAUGGGUAGGUAAUUUGAACUAUUUCUGGCUAUUUGUCCCUCGUAUUAGCUGCUUAAAAAUCUUCAGUUAUCAAAACUGAGUUUGCAGUAAGUUGCACAUUUUAUUGUUUGCAAUUUUCUGUUUUAUGUGCAUUUAAAAGCCCUUCUCUGCUUUCUAGUUGGGAGGCAUGAAAAUGAUCAGGAAUGUUGCCAGUUACAGCUUCACACCAAAAACAUUGAGGAAAUUCACUUUAGAUGCCCACCAUGAUAGCUGAGGAAAGGGCACUUUUAGAAAGUACCAGUGUAGGGUUGAAUAAUUAGCAAAAACAACUUUUCCUCUUUUCAUCUACUUCAAAACAAAUAUCCAAGCUUGCAAUUUGCUUUGCUGUUUCUUGUGAAGAGAGAAGAACAUCUAUAAGCCCAGAAAUAUCCAUUAUGUUUUGUUCUAGUUUUCAGAGCAGUUCUAGUCCUAUUAUUAUUAGUAGGCUUGCUAUUAAUAUGCAAAAAAAAGAAAUGAAGUGUCUUUUAAAAUUGGUGUCUUUUAAAAUAACAUUUGUGUUAUCAUAAGGCAAUACUGGAAUCAAAAACAAGUUUUAUAUAAGGUCCUAUUUAGGUAGAAACUAGCUUUUAUUCUAGUAUUCAACGUAUGAGAUAUGGUGGCAGAAGAUUCACUCUGUUUCUGCAGUUCUUUGGGACCAUUUAUAAAGGCCAGUUAGCUUGUGUUACUGUGAUUUAAUUUUCAAAGUUGCUGCAGUUAAUGGAUGUGUUCUGUGCUCUGAGGAUCUGAUACUUAUGACUGUGAUCUAUAGCAUCUGAAGAAAAGACGGGCUUUCUCUCCUUUAACUGUUAAUAUUAUUUUAAUAAAAGUACUUAAGACGUUGUUUUUUCCUGUGUAAAAAUGGCUUAGCAAUGUUCAUAUCUCUGUAGGUUAUGUAGCUAGUCAACAAUUCAGGACAGUGAAUAGCAAUUAUACUUUACCCACCAAGUGACAGACUAUGCAAUGGAAAAUUUUUCUAAUUAUUGUCACAUAGCUUACACAGCAAAGGAUUAUUUUCUCUAGUAAACCUACCGUGUGUAAUAUGCCUACUUUAUAAAUGACUUCCUGAGCAAUUUCAUGUUGGCAGGCAGUGUGUGCUGUGUCUAGUGUCCCUCUAUGAGAAGAUUAUAAUGUAAUGAGAAGCAAAUAGGUAGGUAUGGAGAUAAAGUUGGAAAGUGACUUUUUAUUUUAUUUUCAUUAAAAUUGGUGUUAUUGUCUUUAGUGGCUUGAGAUUAAAGAAAGCUAAUACUUUAUCUUUGCCAAAUACUAUUUAUAAGAUUUAUUUCUUAAAGAAGCCCAAUCUCUCAGCUGAAGUUAGAGAUCACCAUUUUCUUGACUAACACUAAAACUUUUCCUUAUCAGGUCUUGUCUUCAAAACAUGAUUACAAUCCACAGUGGCAAAGGCAGUUUUGGGAUCAGGAAGGAAACUGUGUCCAAGCUACACACAGGUGCCCCUGUCCAUCCCAGGUUCAUCCUAUAUGGAAGAAGUUACAUUUCCAUUGACCUAUAGCAUGGAAUUUUUAUAAAUUGGCAUUAGAAUUUGAGCACACAGGCCUAAAUCCCUUUCUGUUGGUUUGCUGAUCCUGUCUGGGAUCCCUUCUGUGCCCUACACCAUGGGAGGCUAGUGAUGGUUGAUCAGCUUCAUCAGCAAUAUCUGUAUGAGGUUAUUCCUUCUUUUAAAAAAUUUAGUUCAAAAUGUUGUGGAUUGGUAUCUCAAAAAGAUGAGGAUAUUAACACUAAACUAAUUAUUUAAUCGUUUUAAAAUUCAUUAAAAAUUUUUACGUGUCUA